GUAAUAAGUUUUGUCGGUUUUCCAAAAUUUUAAUUUCCUAGUUAUUCAAAUGUCAUUGUUAGGUUUUAGUUUUGUUUGUUGGCCAUUGAGUCCUGCAUGAUCGGGAAACAAAAUUCGUUGUUAUCCGUGUUACUAUUUCACGCAUCGUUCGAAACGGAGUUAUUGAAUGGAGUCGAACGGUCGUUUGAAUGUUUUUGGCGCGAGUCCCACUUUGCGGAGCGCAUUGUCUGCCGAGGCGCCCACACACACGGAUAAAAAUCGACCAGAUUCGUCAUCUUCGUCGUUGUUCGGUGAAAAUGUGUUGGAAAAUUUCACAUCACAAACAAACUUUCAUCGACAGCAACAGCGUAACAAACGGAAGCGCAAAGAAUCGUCUUUUUCGUCCUGUUCGUCGUCCUCGUCGGCUUCGUUGUUGUCGUUGGUGCCGAGCUCGGAACGAACACCAGCUGUGGAUGGCGGUGUUGGUGGUGUGUGGGAGGAAAACACGUUUGUUGGGGGUGGUAGUGCCGAAGAACGAAAUGCACGACAGAAAAGUGAAAAAUUUGCGAGUUUGUUGAAAACAGCUGAUUUGAUUGAAUCUUCCUCGUGCGGAAGCCGGGCACAGGGCACCAACAACAACAGGUCGGCGAGGCAGCAGGACGAGCCGGAUUCGCCACAGCGGAAGCGACCGAAAUACGACUACACACGUGAUCAGAUGUUUGAAAUUUUCCAACCGUGGGUGAUUCAAACGUACGGAGACCGUGCCAAAACGAAAACAAUCACCCUCAAGAAACAGGCGAGGAUUAUCAAGGCUCUCAAGGGGCUAGAAAUGAAUAACCCAGAUAGCUCUAAAUUUAGAUUCUGGGUGAAGACUAAAGGAUUUACUACAACUAAACCAAAAGGCUUUCAAGAUAUUUUCGUGUUCCAAAGACAGGAGGAAAAUGAUGGCUGCUUACUGUUCGCACCAAAUACUACGGAAACUGACACCCAACCAUUCAAAAAAGUGGCGGUUGUAGAGAACUUUUUCAAUAUCAUCUACGGCGUACACGUGUCACUGGGCAGUCGUUCAAGUCGCCAUGCUGGCCAGAAAAGAACUUAUCGAACGAUCACUGAAACAUAUGCAUUUCUCCCACGGGAAGCAGUGACCAAAUUCCUCUCUUUGUGCAGCCAGUGUUCAAAAGCAAUGCGCCCGCAAACUCCUAGCCAACUAGCCGAUGCAGAUCGGCAUUCAGGAACCACUGGAAAGAUUCUCGAAAGUUCGCUGAGAACCAGGAAAUCUCGUUCAUUCGAUAAUCUAAGCUCAGCUCCACAACUCACCCUUGCCCAUAGUGUUCCUGAUCUCAGUUCAGGUGUUGAUAGUUUAGGCGGAAAUGAAAUGUACACAAAGUUGAUGAAUUAUUGCAAAGUGUCGAACAAUGCCGGCGAUGGAAGUAAUUUAACGUAUUAUCAGUUAUUGAAAACGUUUUAUGAUAAUGCUAGGAAGAGCAAAGAUCAAAGUGAAAAGAUGUGGCCAAAAGAGGAAUCGGUGGUAGAUCUUACUGAAAUUCCAGAUUUCGAAACUGCAGCUGGACUCGAUUUGUUAAAUGUACCCGACAGCAGUUUAGACAAAAACUAUUCAACUACAGCUGUUACUAAGGAGGAGGGGGAAAGAGAGAAAAAGUGUGAUGCAGAAGAUUUGUUUGUCGAGGAAAUUACACGGGUAGAAUUACAUUCCAAGGAGCGUAUUCCUUCCGAUCAAGCGGACGUUAGUGAGAAAGUAAGACUGAACAAUAAUUUAGGUGAUAAAUCCGACGAGAGUGAUAGUGACACAGACAGUGACAGUGAUGACGAGAAGGACGAGUGUAGGCCAAUUACUUCCUCGUAUCUGGAGCUCACCAGGAGUAUGGGUGUAGCGGAUGACGAUGCGUUAAACAUGGACUCAAUAUCAAUGCCAUACAAUAACGAAACUCCAGAAAACAAUGGAACAACUGCUGGAGUGACAGGGGAGGAUGCAUAUGCUGGUUUGAUCAAGGACGCCGACAAAUUUAAAUUAAUGCUGCUGGCAUGGAACUAUCAGAACUCAGCAGCAGGUAAAUCUCAAAACGGUGCCGAAGGACCAGAUUUGGCCACGAUGACCAACCUGUGGCAGCAGUAUCAAAAUGCACUAGCGAUGAACGCCAAAACAUCAUUCAAUCAGUUACCUAUCACCGAACGUCAGCCGUCUCCCAUUGAACAGCAGGACGAAACGAACUCUUCCGAACAGAAAGAUGACGACGAACUAUCGGAGGAUGAUUCCGAAGAUCGUAUCGAAGCUACCGUGAAUGAUCCGGAACGGUUGAAGGCGUUCAACAUGUUUGUACGAUUGUUUGUCGAUGAGAACCUGGACCGCAUAAUUCCGAUUUCCAAACAACCGAAGGAAAAAAUUCAAGCCAUCAUUGAUUCGUGCACACGACAGUUCCCAGAGUUUGCCGAACGAGCAAGGAAACGUAUUCGAACGUAUCUCAAAUCCUGCCGUCGGAACAAGAAAACACGUGAAGGAUGGGAGAACACUGUAAGUGAGUCCCGGCCUACGCCUGCCCACUUAACAUCAGUGCAAGCGGAGCAGAUUCUGGCACUCGCCUGCGAGAAUGAAAGUCUCAAUGCCAAGCGAAUGCGAAUAGGCUUGGAACCCAUCAGCCAAUCGGUGAAUCAGACAACGGCGGUAAGUUUUAUGACAUCUGAACCUCCGAAUGUACCGAACCUGUAUCAAAACAUAAACCUGAAGUGUGAAACCGAUACGGCACCAACGGUCAAAACAGAACCUGUUCCCAAAAUGUCCCCCAUACAGAACACGACGCCGGAUAUGAACCAAAUGAAAUUAAACAUUCCAAGUGCCAGCGCGAGUUCUACGCCCACCAUUCCGACAACGGUGCCAACCAUUUCCAACUUCCACGACUACAACACUGGGUUUCCCAACCGAUCGCAACACUAUCAGAACUUUAUGAAUUCCGUCAGCAGUUCCAACAGUACAACCACGACAAUGUCUGCUACUGCUCCCACAGAUCUAUCGAUGAAACGGCCCAUCCUGGCACACAAACUCAACAGUGCCGAAAUCACCGCCGUCAAGCAAUUGGUGACCGGAUACCGAGAGAGUGCGGCCUUCCUGAUGCGAAGUGCUGACGAGCUGGAGAAUCUCCUAUUACAGCAGCAAUAAACACAAAGCAUCCGUAGAGUACAUAUUUAGUUUGAGAAUUGUCGGAAAUAAGUGAAGAGUUACUCAUUUGGAGAUACCAAAAACUACCUGUACGGUUACAGUUUAGACGAAACAAAUGCAAAACUAAAUUGAUAUUAGUGUCGCAAUCAGUUUUAAGUUACGUGUAUAAAGUGUUGAAUAAAACAAGACAAAGUUAGAAAUUGAAAUUUUUGAAAACUGGCGAAAAAAUACAAAACACAGGGUGAUAUAGAACUACAAAGAAAUUAUAUUUAUUUUUUAAAUAAUACAAGAUAGAUACGAUGAUUCCGGCAAAACGGACAAAGGCGAGAGGGAAAUUAUGUACGAUUUCUUUCGAACAAUUUGCUAAAGUAACUGAACACAUUAGCUAUGCUACGAUUGCCGGUGGAGUUAACCAAAUUACUAGAAGGAAACAAUUGUAAUAAACAGAAAAGAAACUCAGAAUAACUUUUAACUAUUGAGUAAUUUGAAAAAAAAUAAAACUUAAAUAAAAUUACAACGGUUAUCUUAGCAAACAAAGGUUCAAUGUUAUUGGUUGAGAUCUAUUUCCUAA